AUGGCAAUCUACCCCAUUCUCCGCUCCUAUGGCCUCGUGCCCGUCCUCACACCAGAGAUUUACCAGAGCCUCACACAACAAGCCCCAAAUAUGAACUCUCAGCGCCGGGACCAGCGCGAGAACAGCGAGGGAUCUUUGCGGCUGCCCAUCGAGCUGAACGAUGAGAUUAUGGACUAUUUGAAUCCGGAAGAUCGUAUAGCGUGGAUAUUCUCGCAUCGGGAGCUGUUUCGGAGCUACUUCGACGGGCUGAGCGAGGAGACGAGAAAGUCGCUGUCGGAGAGUGUGUGCAAGGGGCCGAGUGAUGGGAAGGACAAGCGACGGGACCAAGGUCCUAAACGCGAUAAGAAGUAG